AUGCAAUGUAAGAGAGACCCCGAGUGGUGGGAAGCACUGAUGGCACCACGCAAGGAAACGAGUGGCAGCAGCAGCGACAGUAGCAGCAGUAUGAGUCGAGGCAAGCGUUCCGCACUGUUGAACAAGGACAGCGAAGAGUACCGCAUCCUUCGGGCACGCAAUAACUUGGCUGUCAAAAAGUCUCGUACCAAGUCCAAGCAGCGUGCCCAGGAGACACAGCAAAAGGUUGCACAACUGAGAGCAGAAAAUGAAGCACUCGUGGCCAAAAUCAAGAUCCUAAACAAGGAGCUCAGCUUUCUUAAGGACCUUUUUUUGGCUCAUGCUGGAGCCACAGGUGGUAGCCGUGGUGGUAACUGUGCAGUCCUUGAGGGUGUUGACCUGAGCUUCCUUAAUGAGGAUGACAACAUGGAUAACAAAGGAAUUGUCUCCAAGAACGUCGGCUCCUAG